AUGUAUCGUGUACAGAAAAGCCUAGCUUUAUUACUGAGCUUGGCAACAGCAAUCGGCGGUUCCGUUGUUCACGAUGAUGACUCUUUCCAGCCGGAUCAUAUCCUCCGAGUAACUGCCCAGAACUACACGGAAGCAUGCAACACUAGAUAUUCAGUCCUUGUCAACGGAACCUCCCCCGGGCCCGAAUUGCGUUUGAAGGAGGGCCAAGUGAGUUGGAUUCGUGUCUAUAAUGACAUGAAGGAUGACAACACCACAAUACACUGGCACGGCCUUACCGCGUUUACUGCCCCUUUCUCUGAUGGUACCCCAGCGGCUAGCCAAUGGCCGAUUCCUGCGGGCCACUUUUUCGACUACGAAGUCAAACCCGAAAUUGGUACAGCAGGGACCUACUUCUACCAUUCCCAUGUCGGCUUCCAGGCGGUCACUGCAAAGGGCCCCCUGAUUGUGGAUUCGAAGGAUGACCCACCGUUUCAUUACCAUGAAGAGCGUACGAUUAUACUAUCUGACUUCUUCAACGAGACUGACAAAAAGAUUAUCGAUGGAUUGACUUCCACUAACUUCACAUGGAGUGGAGAGACCGGCGCCAUCCUUGUAAAUGGAAAAAGCCGCCAGGCAACCAACAGCACAGGCUCAUGCCAGUUGGCCUCGAUCUGCAUUGAACCGGGCUUGUCAUAUCGCUUAAGGUUUAUCGGGGCUACUGCUCUGUCAUUCGUUUCGCUUUCCAUCGAGAGUCACGACGUGUCGAUUAUCGAAGCAGACGGGCAUUAUACCAAACCGCUCAACACCAGUUUCUUGCAGAUCGGCAGUGGCCAGAGAUACAGCGUACUCCUCAAGGCCAAGUCGGAGGCGGCGUUGAAGAAAGCUGGGAAACGGCAAUUCUACAUCCAAAUCACCACACUAGAGAGACCUAAGACCCUGACAAACUAUGCCGUUUUGCAUUAUUCAGGCGGGACACCGGCAGAUCUAACGACUGUUCCUUCGUCCCCGCCCCUUCCUACAGCGAAGACAGUCCAAGGGUGGCUUGAUUACAAGCUAGAAUCUCUGCACCCAGACCACGCCUUUCCUACUCUGAAUGAAGUGACCCGCAGAAUAAUAAUCGACGUGCACCAGAAUGUUAGUGACCAUGUUAUUUGGCUGCAGAAUGGAUAUGACUGGGUCCAAAGCUUCCCACAGUCGCCAUACCUGGUUGAUAUCUACACGGGGAAGCUUAAUACGGAUGAAGUAUACCAAAGAGCAAUUAGCCGGGGCCAUGGAUUCGACAAUAUUACACGGACAUUCCCUGCUCAGAUAGGAGAAGUCCUUGAAAUCGUCUGGCAAAACCAAGGAACAUUCACGAACGGAGGUCUAGAUGCUCAUCCAUUCCAUGCGCACGGCAGACACUUCUACGACAUCGGUGGAGGAGAUGGAGAAUACAACGCUACCGCAAACGAAGAGCGAUUAAAGUCUUCUCGCCCUAUGCAACGCGAUACUUCCAUGCUAUACCGGUACCGCGAGAAAACGAAGCCUCUCGCGCCUUCUGGGUGGCGCGCCUGGCGGGUUAGAGUGACUGAUGCCGGCGUGUGGAUGUUCCAUUGCCAUGUCCUUCAACAUAUGGUCAUGGGCAUGCAGACUGUUUUUAUAUUUGGGGAUCGAAAUGACGUUAUUGCUCAAUCUGAUCCUGUUGAUGCUGGGUAUUUGACAUACGGUGGCUCGGCAUAUGGGAACACAACGCAUUCUCCUGUCGUGCGGCAUUAUUUUGGUUGA